AUGCUCCUGCGCGCCGCCACCCCACGCGCGCUCGUCGCGAUCAGAGCCCUCGGGGCGACCGAGCGCGCGAAUCGUCGACGUUUCGUCCUCGCCAAGAGCGCCGGCGCCGAAAACGACCCCGAGCGCGCGACCUCGCUCGACGGCUCCCUCGCGCGCGCGCGCCGAGACGCGAGCUCUAACGCGGCGGGGGACUCGAGAGCGCCGUUGGAGUUCGACGAGAAGUGGCGAGAGCUCGACGCCAAGGUGAACGAGUACCCGUGCGCGCGGAAGUUUCAGGCCAUCGGCGUGGACGACGGAACGUUCGUGAACGAUGUACGGGCGAUCGUCAGCGACGCGCUGGGCGGGAGAGAGGUGCACCCGGAGAACGUGACGCAAAGGGCGAGCUCGAAGGGGAAGUACGUGAGCGCGAACGUGACGAUCGAGAUGCAGAGUGGCGAUGAGGUCAUAGCGGUGUACACGGCGUUAAAAGCGAACAAACGCGUACUCUGGUACCUCUAG